AUGGUACCUCCUCGCACAAGGCUGAGCCUCUCCAAGGAGAGGUUUCCGGCAUUCCUGACCAACCUCAAGAGCCAGCCGUACCACGAUCCCAGCUCAAGCUCUAGAGGGCACACGUUACGAUCGAUAGCCUGGAAUCCAUUGGGAACUUUGGUCGCGACAGGCUCCUCGGACAAAACGCUACGCGUCUGGAAUCCUGAGAAGCCAAACGUGCGGUUCUCAACCGAAUUGAAGGGGCACUCCGCUGCCAUUGAAAAGGUUGCAUUCAAUCCAGUCAAGGAUGCUGAGUUGUGCAGUGUAAGCAACGACGGAGUCGUCAAGUUCUGGGACGUUCGGUCCAAGACUUGCAUCAACGAGAUAAGAGGCUUGGGAGACGCUUUUACUCUUGUAUGGGCACCCGAUGGACAGUCUCUAGUCGUUGGAAACAAGACGGAUAACAUCUUUGUGCUGUCACCAACACAGUCUACGCCGAUAGCGUCGCAUCAGCAGCCCAGUCAGACCAACCAGAUUGCUUUUGGCUGGGCCGGCGAUACGAUCUUCUUGACAACUGGCGAGGGAAGAACACGGAUCUUGACAUAUCCCGAUUUCAAGCCUGCCUUCCAGUUCAACCAUGGCGAUGAGCCAAAGGAGUUUGCCCUCAGCGGACACACGUCUUCCUGCUUGACAGCCGAGCUACAACCCACAGGACGUUAUCUUGCUACGGGGGGUUCGGAUUCCAUAAUUUCUCUGUGGGACACGACAGACUGGAUUUGCCAGCGAACUAUAACCAGCAUGAUCGGCCCAGUGCGGUCUAUCAGUGAGUUGAACAGCAAUGCUAGCUUCACUUUCGAUGGCAACUUCUUGGUCGGAGGCAGCGAUGAAGGCUCUGGACUGGAUAUUCGACAUGCAGAGUCAGGAGAUCAUGUCCACACCUUCAAGACAGCUGGUCCUUGCCCGGUUGUAGCCUGGGCGCCGACGAAAUAUUGUCUUGCAUAUAGCGAUCUUGGCGUUCUUCGCAUCGUCGGAGUGGAUGCAGAGAAGAAGUGA